AUGGGCGCCACUGAUCUCAUCGCUCAGCAUGGAACGCCGCGAGUGGAUAAGGGGAAGGCGAGGGAGGUCGAGAUGGACCGCUUCAUUCCCAUUCGGCCCAACACGGACGCUUCAUGCUCUACGCCAGUCCUGUCACUCAGAAACAUGAACCAGCCAACGCCAACUACGCCUUACGCCGAUUUGUCCACCUCCCUCGGUAUCCCUCCCGCCAAGCGCCGGUCGCUCACCUUUCGCACCCCUCCACCUCGUCACGCACCGUAUCAUCUCGAGUAUCAGCGCAAUAGCGAGGCUGCGACAUCUGUCGUCGCUCCUUAUGUUGCUACUCAGGCGCAGAGAAAGAAGCGGAAAGCGCCCUAUCACGCCGAUAGGGUCCUUGAUGCGCCAGGCAUCCCGGACGACUUUUACCUCAAUCUUGUCGACUGGGGCCCGAGCAAUCACAUUGCGAUUGCUCUGGAUUACCACGGUAUCUACAUUUAUGAUGCAACCGCCAAAAAAGUCAACCCCUUGACCCAGCCAAGCUUGAUGCCGAGCACGGUGAGAACACCCUUCACGUCGGUCUCAUUCGCAGCGGACAGCUCUCUCGCGGUCGGUCUGGAUACAGGCGAUGUCGAGGUUUGGGACAUUUGCGUGGGGAAGCGGAUACGAACGAUGGGCGGUCACUCUGCUCGAGUACCGAGCUUGAGCUGGUCCAAGCAUACCUUGUCGUCGGGAUGUAAAGACGGGAGUAUAUGGCAUCAUGACGUGCGGAUGGAGAAGCACAAGGUCAUGGAAUUGCAGGGACAUACUCUUGAGGUAUGCGGUCUCAAAUGGCGGCCGGAUGGCGGAUUUCUGGCUAGUGGAGGGAACGACGAUGUUGUUCGAUGCUGGGAUGCACGCGCGCGCGCUUCCGUUCUGGAAUCGACGGACGGAAUACCGAAAGCCAGUGCAAAUUGGGCGGCACGUGGUCACAAGAGCGCCGUCAAGGCGCUGGCAUGGUGUCCGUGGCAAAACAACCUCCUAGCCUCUGGCGGUGGAAUCACCGACCGAACGAUCAAGCUAUGGUCUGCGUCCACCGGCGCCCUCACCAAGUCGGUCUAUGCUGGGUCGCAAGUCUCCUCCCUCCUCUUCUCGCCACAUAGGCAGGAGCUGCUGUCGACUCACGGCUCGCCCCACAACUACCUGUCCAUGUGGAGCUACCCCGGCCUGAGAAAGGUCUACGACAAGCCGGCACACAGCGAGCGUGUACUAUCGUCGGUCAGCAGCCCGGACGGGUGCACGGUGGCAACUAUAUCGUGCGAUGAGACUCUGAGGUUGUGGAAGCUGUGGGAGGUGCCGAAGAAGAAGAAGACCAAUUGGAAGGGGGAUGCCGAACGGGCGCGAAUGCUGGCAGGGCUGAGGUAG